AUGGAGUAUGUUCACGGGAAAAACGCUGAUAAAGUGGAGAAGUUGUGUUCGGCUGGGUUGGACCCGAACUUUCAUAAUGCCAACGGGGACAGUCCACUGACGUAUGCUGUCGAUGUGACGGAUAAUCGCGCUGUGAUUGUGGCUCUGAUUGGUGGAGGGGCGCAUAUUGAUUUCAGGAAUGCCGAGGGACAGACAGCGAUGCACAAGGCAGCGUUCUUGUCAUCGUUAGAAAACGUGAAAACAUUGCUCGAGCUUGGUGCAUCACCCAACUACCGUGAUCCAAUGAAACUAACCCCGCUGUACUAUAACAUGUUAACGGUGGACUCGAAACCGGACGUUACGGAGAUGUUGUUGAAGGACGCAGCUGAGGUUUCUGUGCAGGACAUGCAUGGAAAUCAUGAAAUUCAUCAGGUGAAUAUUGAAAAUGAGUAUCAAAUGUCAAAUGUUCAUGAAUCGAAUGAUAGGGCACACAUGAUUCAUGCUGAUGCAAUCACUUACUUUGUGCAUUUUGGGUUGCUGACAUUUAAAUGUAAAAUCCUUACCGUGGGAUUUUGCAUAGUUUUCCGGGAUUUUACAUCGGGAUUUUCGGGAGAGCGGGAUUUUUCAAUCCCAAUCUGUUUUUUGGAUUUGGAUUCGUUUAUUUCAGUUACUUUAUUGCUUCGUGUUUUCUGGAUUUCCUUAUCUUUACUGCAUCUUUCGAAAGGUUGUUUACUGCAUGUACUGAUCAUUCUAAUCUAA